AUGGAAAUGGAAACCAAACGAAAGAUAGAAAAAGAAAACAGAAUUUUUCAGUUUAUGAGAUUGAAGUCAUUAACCGAUAAUGUCAAAAUAAAUCUGGACCUAAUCCAGUCCAAAUUAACGAAUGCUGUGACCAACAAAAAGAAACAAAUGCUCUGGGAUGAAAUAACCCAAGCGUUAAAUGCGGUCGGAACAGCGAAGCGAACGGUUAUGGAGGUAAAAGACAAGUGGAAAAAUCUCCAUAGCAUCGCCAAGAAAGAAUUUCCAGAAUUUAAGAGGGAGAUCAAGGUAACUGGGGGUGGUCGGCCUCUAAAGUCGCCGAGUGCUGCCAGCCGAGAGAUAAUUGAGGUGCUUUAG